AUGCGGUUCACGAAGGGAACACUUGAGAGAUUUGUGCAAUUUGUGGACGCGCCAGAGGUUUUGGAACUGGUUAAUACAUUGGAUGAUGAGAUGUCCCCACUAGAAGCAGCCCAAAGAAUAUAUUCACAGUUACUACGAUUUAGGGGCCCAAAAUUUGAAGUUCGCCUCAGGCCUUGCGGUACACAGGCUAAAUUACAAGAAAAUGGACUAGGCUUGUGUAGCGAGUUUGGUAUGGUAGACCAGACGUACCAGCAGUUGAUGGCCAUGUUAAACUCUCAUCUGACAUCAGCCAAAGCCAACAUAGGAACUGAUGUGAACCUAUCACACACAUUAGGUACCUGCUUCUCUGUCUCUAAUCAUCCUAUCCUCCAUUCCCCUAGAUAUUGGAUAGUUGACUCCGGUGCUACAAAUCAUGUAUGCUUUGAUCUAUCUCUCUUCCAUACCAUAACUCCCAUUCCAAAUUCAUAUAUCACUCUUCCCAAUGGCACUCGCAUACAUGUCAAAUUUUAUGGAACAAUUCAACUCAAUUCGUCUUUGACUUUGCAUGAUGUUCUUUAUGUUCCACAAUUCCACUUUAAUUUGCUAUCUGAAAUGCCAACUUCGAAGAUGAUUGGCAAGGGUAACAAAGUGGCUGAUCUUUAUGUCAUAGACACUGCUCAUUUCUCAAAUUCUUGUAAUUCAAUUCCAACUAUUACUACCUGUAAUUCUUCCUUUACAAUGAUAAAUAAUAAAUCUGAUGUUAAAUUCAUAAUUCCCAAAUUUUUCUCCCUUAUUGAAACACAAUUUGGCAAGCUUCUUUACGGUAAGCCAGUGGAUUACACCCACCUCAAAGUUUUUGGUUGCCUAUGUUAUGCAUCCACUUUACCUUCCACUCAAACAAAAUUUCAUCCCCGUGCUGUGGCAUGUAUAUUUGCUGGUUACAUGCCAGGAGUCAAAGGGUACAAACUCUAUGAUAUACAAUCUAAUUUUUUUUUUGUAUUUCGUGAUGUGAUCUUCCAUGAAACAUUGUUUCCUUUCCAAUCCACACCUCAUCCUACUGAGAUCACUGACCCUUUUCCAGACUUAGUUUUACCCAUACCAGCCUUUGAUUUGUCUGUCUCCAAUGUGGCUGAUCCCACUACUCCAAUUGCUAAUGAUCCUGCCGUAAUACAUAAUCCGACUCCAACACCUGACCAUAUUCCCAAUUUAACUGAUUCUACCACAAUGCAUAAUCCAAUUAUUCGAAGAUCUUCAAGGGUCAUCAAAACUCCAUCUUACCUAAGAGAAUACCACUGCAACUUACUUCAACACAAAUCUCAUCAUGCACCUACCACUCCAUAUCCCCUGACCAAUUAUAUUUCAUAUACAUCCCUUUCAUAUUCCCAUAAUGCUUAUCUUCUCAACAUAUCUUUCAACUUUGAACCUCAAUUUUAUCAUCAAGCUAUCCACUAUCCACAUUGGUAA